AUGGCCAAUCACGGACCGAGCUACGGCCUCAGCCGGGAACUCGAGAAAAAGAACCAGGCCCGAUUCAGUUUGGACGAAGCGAUUGAAGUGCUACUAUGGGUACAAAGUGUGACUCAGAUGCCAUAUGCUUCCGAUCCAACCGCCUGUCGGACAGCGGCUGACGUCGCUGAACUGCUGAAGGACGGCGUUCAUCUGUGCAAACUCAUCAACAGACUUCUGGACAAUGGAAGCCGAGUACCAUUCAAUCCCAAACCAAGGAUGCCAUUCCACAAGAUGGAGAACAUUUCAAAUUUCCUUGAAGCCUGCAAAGCGUACGGUGUCGCCGAAAUUAGCUGCUUCCAAACUGUGGACCUGUAUGAGAACAAGCAAUGCUACAAAGUCAUCGAAUGUCUCAGAUCACUGGCUGCUGUG